GCUGCUACCUCUGCUGUGCCCGAUAGAGGAGCCUCGGGGAACGCGGAUUGCUCGUACACAACCUGAUAAUACUGCAGUGUGCCAUUUCUCUCGUCUGUAGGUACGUCGCUCCAAGUGACACGGAUAGCCUGAGAAGAGACGGCGCUGGCAGCCACGUCCCGUGGGGCACCGCUGGGAACUGUGUGUGAGGUGCAGCACGCAAUUGAGUGGACUCCGUUCCGUAUGGGUAGUAGUACUAGAAAUGCUGUAAGGAGGAAGGAGUUUGCCAUUCCCCCCCUGGCUCCAAGCGCAGCAAAAAGGUGGGUGGGGCUCGUGCAUGUUAAUUAAGUUAACCCUUCCCGCACGGAAUUCACCUACGCGUGGAGUAACAAAAUGGCGAAUCGGACUCAGAAAGAUGCCAAGUCGAUCAAGGGCACCAAUCCGCAGUACCUGGUGGAGAAGAUCAUCAGGACACGGAUAUACGACUCCAAGUACUGGAAGGAGCAGUGCUUCGGCCUCUCGUCUGAGCUGUUGGUGGACAAGGCCAUGGAGCUGGACUCAAUAGGAGGAGUGUUUGGAGCCAACAUACAGCCGUGCGACUUCAUGUGUCUGGUGCUCAAGAUGCUGCAGAUCCAACCCAGCAAGGACAUUGUCAUUGAGUUUAUCAAGAAUCCUGACUACAAAUAUGUUCGUGUGUUGGGUGCCCUCUAUCUGAGACUGGUUGGCACAUCAAUGGAGAUCUACAACUACCUGGAACCUCUGUACAAUGACUACCGGAAGCUGAAGAUCAUGAACAGAAACGGCCAACUGCACCUGAGCCACGUGGACCAGUUUGUGGAUGAACUGCUGCACAACGAUCGAUGCUGCGACAUCAUAUUGCCUCGAAUACAGAAACGCUACGUUCUGGAGCAGACGGAAGAACUUGAGCCGAGAGUGAGUGCUUUGGACGAAGACCUCGAGGCAGACGACGACGACGACGACGAUGAGGAGGAGGAGGAGGAAGAAGAGGAGGAAAAGUCACCACCUCGGCGUCGAUCCCCCAGUCCACAGAGGGAGAGAGAGAAGCCGCGAUACAGCAGUCCCAGCAGAUCGCCACACCGAAGAAGUAGGAGUAGAUCUCCGGCAACGAGAAGAAGGCGGAGCUACUCACGGUCUCCACGGCGACAUAGACACAGAUCUCCCUCUCCCAGAAGGCAUACUAGAAGGCACUCCCGUUCACCAUCUCCCAGAGAAAGGGAGAGAGAAAGAGAGAGGGAGAGAGGAGGAAGAGGAAGGGAGAGAGGAAGGGAUAGGGACCAUGACAAAGAGAGGGAAGAAAAAGAGAGGGAGAAGGAGAGGGAGAAAAGGGACAAGGAUAGGGACAAGGAGAAAAAGUCUAAGGAAGAUGGAAAGUCUGGGAAGGAGAAGAAAAAGAAAAAGAAGAAGGAAAAGGAUGCUACCAAGGCCAAGGAGAGCAAAGAGGAGCAGGAAAUCAGACAGCAAAACGAACUCAGAGCAAAACUCGGACUCAAACCACUUAGACCGUAA